AUGACUUCUGCUCUUGGUCGCAAUGCUCGCGCCUGCAUGGUCUGCUCUGUCGUGCUGGCUAUGAAUGACUUCUACCGCGGUGGCUGCCCCAACUGCGAAGCGAUCCUCGGCCUGAAAAACUCACAAGACGCAAUUCAAGAAUGCACAUCUCAGGUUUUCGAGGGGCUCAUCGCACUGGGUGAUCCCAAGACAUCGUGGGUGGCUAAGUGGCAGAGGUUGACCGAGUAUGAGCCUGGUAUUUACGCCACUAAGGUACAGGGACAACUGCCCAAGGAGGUUCUGGAGUCGUUGGAAGACAAUGGCAUCAAGUAUAUACCAAGGGAUGGAAGCUCCCUUGAGGAUGACGUGGCUUCUUGA